GAUAUUGAAGCUUAGUAUAAAGUGGUUUUACACGUACAACAUUCCUAUACAUUUCCUUGUCUAUUUUGCUCCAAGUUUGUCCAUCAUUUCCAAGGACGCCUGAAUGUGUUCAUCAGAAAUGAGCGACACACAGAAAGAGGAGAAACGUCCGAUGUCUUCCUCAAAUCGUAGGAGUAACAAGCCUUUAAUGGAGAAACGCCGUCGUGCUCGUAUUAAUGAAUGUUUAGUAGAAUUAAAGGCGUUGGUUUUACAAGCCCUGAAAAAAGAUAGUACCCAAUAUUCGAAAUUAGAGAAAGCGGAUAUUUUAGAAAUGACGGUGAAACAUCUCAAGUUACUACAAAGACAACAAAUGGCAGUUGCCAUGACGUCAGAUCCGUUUGUGGUUAGCAAGUAUCGUGCUGGAUUUAAUGAAUGUGCUGCCGAGGUGGCUAGAUAUCUUGAUGGCGUCCAAGGUGCAAAUCACGAGGUCAAAGGUCGUGUUCUUAAUCAUCUAGCUAAUUGUAUCAGUCAACUUCCGCCUCCACAAGCGGCACAACUCUUGCCAUCGCAUAUACAGGCCUUGCAAAUGCAGUCAGCCAAUCAAAUGUCGUCGUCUGGGUUAGCCUUGAAUUCUAUUGGCUCAUACAACACUAUGUGGAACCUUGUGCAAAACGGAUUACCUAGUCAAACCCAUAUUCCUACACCGGUAUAUCAGAUUCCUCCGACAGCGAAAGUAGAACCCCUACGUCAGUCUGAAUCAAAGUCUCCGAAACUAAGAGAACCAUUGAAAGAUGUUAAAAUGGAAAGUAAACAAGAGGUCAUGGACAUAAAACGAAUCAUGAACGAAGCACCUUCAAGUUUCCGAAUGCCGGAACGAAGUAGUCCCAAACAAGCUACAGAGGCGAUCUCCAUUUCCAUAAAAACAGAGCGAGAACCAACAUUUGGUCCACCUGUUCCAAAAUUGGACAAUAACAUGAACAUUUUAGAGGCACCGAAUUUGGACAAUGACAACAUGUGGCGUCCAUGGUAACGGGUGACUUGUUUUAGAUUUUAAAGAUGUCUGUGCAGGCUAUGACAAACUGUUGUGAAAAUGAAGCCAAGUUUUAAAUUAAAUAGAAUGUGUUAUGGAGCGGAUUCCUUGUUAUAAAAUUAUUUUUGUAUUGAAUGUUAACUAUGCAGUGUUUCGGACUAGGCAGUCCGCUUAGUUCUUGGGGACCAACUUUGGAUUAUUGUGUUUACUGAGGAAUUGACAUUGACCUAUAUAUGACGUCACUUAUAUGACGUCACUAGUGUGAUAAGCAUUUCAUUCUACACAUUCCCUACAUGUGUAAAAAAUCAUUUUGUAUAUUCGAUAUUUUUUAUCAUAAAAUUCGAAUGAUUUAACUUUAAGUUUGAAAACAGUUGCAAAUUACGUAGUAAACCUUCUAUGCAUUCAUGACUUGCAAAUGUAUGUGAAAAAUGUUCUUCCGUUUUGUAUAUUCGCAUUCUUGUUAAAUUCUAACUAUAUAGAAAGGAUAAGAUUGUAAGGUUACAUGAAAAUUACACCUUGACAGGAUGCUUUAAAGAUACAUUGGGGUUUAACGUCCAUUCGACAAAAACUAAGUCAUUUCGGGACUAACAUACGGUUCAAUUCUAUUUCUAUAAUUCGCUUGCGCGUAAUGGUCUUUAGCAGUGGGAGGAAACCGGAGGAUCCGGAGAAAAUCCACGAGGUUGGACAGGUGACCCAGCUCCUUGCCACGUACAAGCAGGGAAUUAAAACCACGACACUUGACUGUAUGACAGACCUUCUGAUCCAACGCGCACGCGUUAACCAUUCGUCCCACGCCCCGGUUGGUGCAGAAAAUUAGGAUGGCUUUGAUAUUAAGUGGAUUAGCCUAUGCCCGCCAUAUAUACGUUGAACGAUGAUAUGACGGCAUCCACUAAUAUAACAAUAACGGUCAGCUCUUUAUCUAAAUGUAACAUAAUGCAUCUUUAAUUGCUCAACCAAUGUAUCUAUACAUUUCUUUCUCUUUCUUCGGAUGGGACGAAAAAUCCGAGACACACGUAUGUACUCGUUGGCAUGUACGUAAAGAAACUUUGACAUUUGUAAGUCGAUGAAUAUUUGACAGAAAAACCCAUGCUUGAACCCAUGUUUGAACAUAAUUUCAACUGCAUGGAUGGUCUGUCUUCUUAGGUCUGUUGGUCCAUAAAAGAAGGAUGUAAAACUCCAUUACAUUUCAUUUCUGUUUAUCAUUGAUAUGAUAGUGAAAUGAUAUUAAAUUGACAUGAACAAACCGGGAAUAUGUGGUGUGCUAUGAGGGGAAUUUUGCUCAGGUAGCGCGAUAGGUGUCACUCUUAUUUCGUAUUCCAACUGUCGACCGAGCUCGGUUUUCCACCCCAUCCGAAGGACGAAACACAGUUUCUUGCCAGGCUCUCCGUCCUCCACUACUGACAAGGGGAAACCACGCUAGACAAUUUCCGAGGUACUUUUUCGUCCAAUAUAUAUGAUAGUACAUACAAUAUGUUGACUAGAAUUGCAUGUCGAAUGAAGUGCCUUAUUAUUAUUAUUAUUAUUUACAAAAUUUAAUCAUACAGACUAUUUAUAUUUUGAUAUGAAAAAAGUUUACAUCUAACGCAUCAGUAUAUUAUAUACCACAGAAUCCUCAAACGAAAGUUGUGCCGACAGGCCUGGAAAUAACGGUUUUAGAUGUACCCGACAAAAUGGCAGGCGCUAAUGAAAUAGUACCUGACAUUUUUAAAUUAGUGCCGGACAUGUAUUAAUAAUAUCAAAAAAAAGACAAAUCAGUGCCGGACAAAAUGACAGACACCAGAGGUUUUGUGCCUGACAAAGCCUGAAUCUGUGUCUGACAUUGUCUGUGACAGGUGCCGUAUUUCCAGGCUUGUCUGCCGAAUGCUAUCACCGAGCUCUUUAAGUCAAUUUUCUAUCACGAUUAUUAUGUAAGGCCAGACAAAUUUGAUUUUCUGUUUUUCGAUAACACCGAGGAAGAAAAAUGUCCUUCUUAUUUCUUCAACUAAAAGUACAUGAUUGUGCUGUUCAAAAGGUUUUAGUUUAGUGAGGGAUAAGCCAAUGAAACGGUCUGUAACUGCAACUUCUUCAUGUGCCAUGCACGGAACUGUGGGUAAGCCACUAGAAACGUCAACGCUGAUGCCAUAGGGUUGAAAGCCGCUUGUACGACCCCUGACACAACCUUCGAGUACAACUUGUCAGAUCUGCAUGUAGUAGUGUAGUGUAGGCCAUCGAAAGUAUAAAAAAAAACUAAACGAAAUAUAGAUCUGUAUUUUAAUCAGAUUAGAAAAACAGAAAAUCAAAUUGGUUUGUCCUUAUGAGUAUUUUGAAUGAAAAUCAAACUGUUUUGACCUUAUGAAUAUUUUGAACUGUUUUUAGUGUACAUAGUUUAUGACAUAUUCGCCAUUGUUAAGUGCUUAAAACGAUUAAAUUUGUUGACCUUAUGAAUUAUUUGUUGGGAAUAAAUAUUUUGAAAUAUU